AUGAGCGAUUAUAAUGAUAGUUUCUUAUUCUUACUUCCUUUAGCCAUUGCAGCCAUAAUAUACUUUUUAUUUAUAAAUCGUGGUAAAGGAUCUAAGAAUGAAGAACAAAAUAAGGAUGCUAUUCCAACAAUCACUUCAAAACCAAUCAUAACAAUUACAGCUAAUUAUGUUUUAGCCGACGAUAACUGGAAUAUUAGCACUGGUACUCGAAUGGCCCUUGAAAUUCUCUCUAAAAGAACUUGCAUCUUUGUCUUCGCAAUUGUUAAAGAUAAGGAUGAAGCAGCACUCGCUAAAAAGCUUCUAUCCGAAAAAUUGAACGGUCUUGUUGAAUCAAACCAUAUACUUCCUUGCCAAACAGCUAUGGGAUGCGCUUCCAUGGCCAGACAGUUAGAAUCAUCGGCUCAUUUUGAUUAUAACCCAGAAGCUAUUCAUCAAGCAUCAAUUUUCAUUCCAAGUAUUUUGAUCGCUCCUCCUUCUGUCGAAUCUCCACAUGCAAAGUGGGCAAACUCAAGUUUUGAGGACUUCAUCACAGGUGGAAAUACAGAGUUCUUCUCUAUCCUUCCAAAAUAA